UUGGUCCAAUCUUGAGGUUGUCGAGUCCCAGAUCUCGCAAAUAAGAGAUUCCACCAAGAUCAAUGAAAAUGCUCGCACUUGCAGUUAUCUUCACUCUGAUUGGUAUGUGCUUUUCAUUUUUUUUUUUUAAUUUAAAAAUGAUAUUUUAAAAAAAAUUUUAAUAAAAAAUACCAAAUUUAAUUUUGUAGGAUUUACUACGAUCCGUGAACAACAUUUCGCAGAUACAACUGCGCAAAUUUACGAAAUUAAUAAGUAGAUAUUCUUAAAACUUAAAGAAGGAGAAAUGAGAAAGAUUGAAACGUAGAAGUGAACACAACAAUAAGACGGGCAUUUCAACUGAACGCUGUAAGCCACAGACAGAAGUUAACAAGAAGAGGAACGUUAAGGUAGCUUCAGAAGAGGUAGGCCUCAACAUUGGAGGAAAUAAAAACCUAGAAAGUGAACAAUUACAACAGUUGUGGUAAAGGAGAUAAGUUUAAAAGAAAACUGCUACUUCUUUAUAAGUAAAUACCCAAAUUGGCGAGAUAUUAUUCAUCAUUGCUUUAUUAAAAAUGCAAUCUAUUUUAAUAAAAAUUAUUUUAAUAAAAAAUUACUUUUAUUUCCCUUCUAAAAUGGACAAUGGGUGAAACCCGGGCCAAGGAAUGGUUACAUUCGUUGUUUUUGGAAAUUUCUUGAAUUUCACACUUUUCACGUAAAAUAUUAUAUAACUUAUUCCCAGAUGAUGUUUAAAAAAAAAAACAUUAAAAAAAUAUCUUAACAGCCACUAAUCUGGCCCUGACGGAGCAGCAGAGUAAACUCAUGAAGAGAAUCGUCAACGGCCAACCCACCAAGCUAUUUGAAAGACCAUACCAGGCGUCUCUGCAAGUCCUGUACUUGGGCAACUGGUACCACAUAUGUGGCGCCAGUAUUAUCGAUUGUGAUAGGGUGAGUACAAGUCAACAGGGUAUCACGGUAGCACGUGUUCUUAUUACGCAGCGAAAAGAAAGAUGGUCAUGGAAAUAGUCUUCUGAUCUAAUUAGUAAAAACUUCGCAUCAGGCUGAGAUUUUUAAAACACUUCAACGUAAUAUGUAAUCGAUUGUUUUAAACACUCCAAUAUACUAUCUUAUCAUUUUGACCAUUGUUAAAAAAAUUACAAUACCAACCAACAGAUCUGGUCUCGCUCGUGUUUGUAUUAGAAAUAGAAACAAACAAAUCUAAGGUAUUGUCUUGGUACAGGUAAAUGAUGUUAGGCGCUGUCGAAAACCCAUCCCUAAAGUAUCAAAUAAAAUUAAAAAUUUUCUCAUAUUAGAAAACCAGAUUUAUAAUAACUCUAGGAAACAUUAAAUUGGAGCCCCAUUCCCGUUUUGUCACUAUUAGCGCUUGGCACGAACCGAAAACCAUGAUUUUAAGACAAAUCCAACUUUUAAAACAUGUCUUAUUUUUUUUAAAAAUGGUAUUCACCAAUGACUUUGUCAUUACUAAUUAAAAUAAAAUAGGAUACAUCCGACAGGAACCGAUUGCACAAGGGGCUGUUUAAGUUUUCCCUUGAGAUCGGGUCACUACAAAACUCAUUCACAUUAAGAGUCAAAAAAAUGCUUCCAAUCCAUCCCACUAGAAUUGGGAGGAAAUUUUGGCCAAGAUGUUUGCAUUUUGACCAUCAGGACUUCCCGGCGCCAACAGAACUUAUUCUUUAAUGUUUUAUCGCAGUCAGUGUUAAAGGUUGGAUAAAGAAAUAUAAGGAUAAAGUAUGCUCAACUUGAAUGAACAGACAGGACAAAGGGAUUUGGACGUUUAAGCGUAGAGCCUUCAGCAGCAAACAAGAUCACACAAAAAAAGGUAUGACAAGUAAGAGAGCGCAGUAAAAAAAACAAAACAAAAAAAAAAACUUAAGAAAUGUUACUGCGCUCCGUUUCUUGUCACAGUUCUUUGUGUCUCGUUUGCUGAUGAAGACUCUAAGCCGAAACAUCCAGAACUUUUGACCCGUCUGUUCUUUCAAGUUUAGCAUACUUGGUCAUUAUAUUUAAUUUACACAAAUUGAAUAAAGUCCCACAAUUAUUAUCUUGGAUAAAGAACAAAUAUUUUUUAUAAAAAUUGUUGCAUUAAAAUAGGCCAAAAACCUCUACAGAUAGAGUGUUUAAUUCAAGUCAAAUUUGCCCCCUCCUCCUUGCCCCCACCACCCCUCCCCCCAAAAAAAAAUAAGUAUAUAUUAUUGACUUGAUAUCCAUGGAUAUAUGUAUAAGCACAAUGAAAGGCAUGUUUACCAAAAAAGUUCAUAUGGCCGAGAUGACACAAUUUACAAAGAAGCUUACAUUGUAGGCUACACAUUCCUGUAUUGCUUUGGGGAACUGUUGCUAUAUAUUUAAUUAACAUAUUUACAAUGAAAUAAACCGUAGACCUCCCUUCACUUAUUUCAAAGUUUCUAGAAACUUGAAAAAAUUAUCUUUACACUUAUUUCAUGACACUUGAGGACAGCUGUUGAGACCUAAGAAAUAUAAGAAACAAUAAAAAGGACAUUGAUACAAUUCGUAAAAGACUUAUUUAAAACAGACAAUUGAAAAUAAUUCCAGAAUGUGGUAGAAUCUGUAAGAAACUUAUAAAAGAUUUAUUUUCAUAUGCCAGGGAAAUUCCAAGGAAAGUAUUAAAAAAAAAAAUCGAUACAAUUAAAAUAAAGUGUGCAUUACAUUUUAGAUGCCUUUCAGACACUCUAUAUAUGCUCGAACAUUUUUUUUUAAAACCUUCAAAUAACUUGUACAAUUAUUAUUCUAGGUAAUAAUUUUUUAUAAAAGUAAAAGAUCUAAUAUAAAAUUCUGCAGUUUUUAGAGUUUUCCAUUACAGUUAGAAUAGACACAAAGACCUUGGUGGGAAGCUCUUCUAUAAGGAGACUUUUAAAUUACAAAUAAGGUAGUAACCCAGAAUAAUUCAUGAGAUGAAUGGUCAAGUUCAAAUUUAAAAGCUUGUCCCGCUACAAGCGGGUGAAAAUUGCAAGAGGUUAAGCCUAUACAUGGGCGAUUAGUAUCCCUGGCCUCAACAGCGGUAAAUAUGAGUUAAAAGCAUUCAGCUUUUUUACUACAUGUACUUAAUUGCAUUUGUGUCAAUUAUCGCAAAGAACUGAUGCCAGUUUUUCAGUGGCAGCUGCAUUAUGUUUCAUGUCAUUUAUUAUUUCAGUGCUGACUGCAUCAUGAUGCACGUCAAUAAUCGUGUCUGUGAUUUAGUGAUAACUGAAUAAGUUCAUUACCGGCUACAAUAUUGUAUGCGUCACUCGUCCUCAGCUUCUGACGGCUGCCCAUUGCUUGAUUUUCCCGGCCGAGACCAUGAGAGUUCAAGUUGGGCUCCUCAACCUCACCGCACCACCCAACGAAUACCAGCAGACCAUCGAGAUUAAGGCCUUCAAAGCCCACGAGGAUUACAUUAAUGAUAUUUCCCUUGGUGUUCCCAACGACAUCGGCCUCCUCUACACGAAGACACCGUUUCAGUUCAAUGCCAACGUGCAGGUGAGUGACGCACUUGACACUUGUGACUCAUGGACGUGGUUAUAAUCUCGAGUUGGUGCUUACACAAGCAUCUAUCAUAAUGCCGGAAACAUCAGUAAUGAAGGGGCGUAACCGUGGGCAGUUUUUUCAACACCGGGUCCAGGUAUUUUGAACAUUAACAAUUGUCCUACAGGCAGUCCUACAGGCAGUCCUACAGGCAGUCCUACAGGCAGUCCUACAGGCAGUCCUACAGGCAGUCCUACAGGCAGUCCUACAGGCAGUCCUACACGUAACAUAUCGGCCGUUAAACAGUAGGCCUACAGAAAUCCUACAGACAGUACAACAGACAGGCACACAGACAGUCCCUCAGACAGGCAGUCCUUGAGAUGCUUCCAUUCAUUUAAUAGGCCAGCCUUAUUAAGUUCUUCGUGACACCACAUAUUAGCCGCAUCUUUCUCAUGUUAUUCAGCUCAUCGGAAUCAAUUGUUUUUUUUAAAUUGAUAAUUAUCAUUUUGAAUCCAGCUCAAAGAUUGGGGCCAACUGUUUCUCAAAGACAAGAACAAUCAAUUGAUACUUUACGGUUCUUUUUAUUUUCUUUCUUUGUUUUUUUAGCCGGUUAAAAUAGCUUCCCCCGGCCUGACAUUUGACAAUACAAAGUGCGUCAUUUCUGGAUGGGGGAAAACGUCCGGAACCUCAGCUGGCUCAAACAUCCUCAUGGAGGUGGCUAUGACCAAGAUCACACUCAAGCAAUGCAAGGAGGAAUAUGCAACAUAUGGUAUAGCAGUUACCGAUAAAGCCAUCUGUGUUUUUGAUGGAGAAAGUACGUAG